AUGAAAGACUGUAAACUUCUUGGUAUGAAGUCUCAUGAUUGUCAUGUUUUAAUGACACAUAUGAUUCCUAUUGCAGUUCGUGGAGUGUUACCAGAGAACAUCCGACAUACAAUCACAAAACUUUGUUUGUUUUUUAACACGAUUCACUCGAAAGUUAUUGAUCCCCAGUCACUGGAUACAUGGCAAAAAGAAGUUAUCAUCACGCUCUGUGAACUAGAGAUGUACUUUCCACCGUCUUUUUUUGAUGUUAUGGUUCACCUAGUAUCCCAUAUAGUAGGAGAAAUUAAGGCUUGUGGCCCUGUAUUUCUACGUUACAUGUACCCUUUUGAAAGAUAUAUGGGUUUUUUAAAAGGUUAUGUAAGAAAUCCUAACCGACCUGAGGGUAGUAUUGUUGAGGGAUAUGAUUCCGAGGAAGUGCUUGAAUUUUGUACAGGUUAUUUGGAAGGUGUGGAUAGUAUUGGUGUACCUAAAUCUCGCCACUCGGGUAAACUUGAAGGGGUUGGAGGUGUAGGUAUGAAAAACAUCAUCCCAAGUCGCGACACUUUACAAAUUGCACAUUUAUUGGUCCUAAAACACAUGACUUGUCUUGCUCCAUUUGUUGAAGAACACAUGAAUAUUUUACGGUCGACAUACCAGGGUAAGGACAAUAUGUGGUAUAUAAUAAAGCACAAUAAGGAGUUUUCUAGUUGGAUGAAAACUAAGGUAACAACAACUAAGGUUGAUAGAAUUGUGGAAAAGUUGGGGCAAGGUCCAGAUUUUAAAGUUAAAUCUUACCAAGGGUACGACAUUAAUGGUUACACGUUUUAUACUAAAGAUCAAGAUGCAAAAAGUACAAUGCAGAACGGUGGAGUUACAAUAAUAGCAUCAACGACUGAAUUUGAUAGGAUGAAUCAUGAUACGAUGAUAAGAAUUGCUAAAGAUUCUUAUUACGGUGUCAUACAAGAAAUUUGGGAAUUAGACUAUUAUGAUUUCACUGAAACUGUGUUUAGAUGUAAAUGGGUGAAUAACCGUACAGGUGUUAAAGUUGAUAAAUAUGGUUUUACUCUUGUAGACCUUAAAAGUGAUGGCUAUGCAUCUGAACCAUUUGUUCUCGCAAAACAUGUCAGACAAGUGUUUUUUGUCAAUGACCCAAGCAACCCAAGAUACCACAUCGUGUUGCAAGGUAAACGACGUAUUAUUGGUGUUGACAAUGUCGCUAAUGAGGAAGAAUACGACCAGUUUGAUUAUCUACCACCAUUUUCAGUCGGUAUUCGACCAGGUAAUUACAGGAUUGAAGGCACCACAUACUUACGAUCUGACCACAAGGAAGGGACGUAUUGCUGA